AUGGGAAGAGAGAGAAGAAAUAGUGAACAUAGAAACGGAGCAGAUGACGACGUAGGUUGUGUAACAAAUCAGGGAAGUAUGGAAAAAGGAGAUAUCAAGGAAGAAGAGUGGGGACACAAAGGCAAGACGCAGGUUAUGGAAUCAGGACUUGAAAUUGUGAGUGAUGUGCAAACUGCCAAAGUGAAUUUGAGGAAGGAAGAAAUAAGCAAAGGAGCAAAUGAAGGGACACAACGAGGAAAUAUUUCAACAAUCUUCUGGCUGUGGAUGGGAUCACGCCUGCUCUGCAAUGUACAACUUCUACUUGUAAGUAUGAAACACAUCAAAAGACAAAUAGAUGAGGAUGGUUGCAAAAGAUCUGCGUCAUCAAAUUUCAAGUAUUUAGAGGGAUAUAAAGCUUUGGUGGUUUUUUUAAUGCAUCACUCGUUAAUAGUUUCACCUCAAUUCAUUUAUCAUGAAUGUGAACAAAUACAAAAUAAAUGUGCGACAAUUUUAAAAUGGUCGCUACCAGAUUCAUAUGGGCACGAAGCGCCGAUUUACUUAUCGAAGGUCUCACAACAAAUACUUCUCGUUCAAAACAGGCCAAGUUUUGUUGGUUCGAUCUUUGGGAAUCUGGAAGAGAGCACCGCAUUCUGUGAUUGUUCCACGUGGGAUAUUGAAGUCAUGCAUCAGUUUUUUCUGCUGGUGGAAAAAAAUAUUUUUUCAAGCAGACAAACACGAAAACCGCAUUUUUUGGACUUCCUUAUUAUUAUUAUUAUUAUUUUUACCAACGUGCCAGGAUUGGGCAAGGUGAAUGAAAUGGGGAAGAUGCAGGGUUAUCGUGAGUUGAAACCAGAAAUUAAAUAUUUUGGUUUUUGA